AGGUAACCGUUAAGGUGAAUCUUUAUUCUGAUGCUCCCAGUUAUGCGUUUUGUGAGUAGUUAGUGUUGGGAUAAAGUCCUAAAUCUGAAGUGCUUGUGCCUGUUCAUAGAGCAGCUUUAGGACUGUUAGAUGAACUGCCAGGUGUUAAAGCCAGAGGUCACGCUGGCUCACGACCCUUCCUCAAAGGUGUAUCUUUGCAGCCUUUGCUGUGGCUGUGUGGUUACUGUGGCGCCGCAGUCAUUCUUGACAGGCACCCUUCUGAUGGAGUCAGGAGGACUGGCUGGGAUCAGUGUACCUGCUCACUUUCUCUCCUAGUCCAGGACAUAAGCUGAGUUAUGUUAUCCCAGUGCUAACAAAACAAAAACUGCCAAGCAUGUAGUAGAUGCUCAAUAAAUAUUUUUAAAUUGACCAGCAGACCCCAAGCAAUGUGACAAGUAAUACCCUCAGCUAUGAUGUGAUGGCCCCUGUGAAUUACCUCCUGCCUAAAGAUCGGAACAUGGCGACUUGGCCUGCAGUCCCUAGGGCCUGGAGUUGGUUGUGGCUAGGCAUCACUCCUCUUGUCAGCCUGCCUCUCACAGAAGGUCAUGUGCCCAGUGUCCAGCCUUGUUUUUCUUCCUCUCUCUACCACUGCUUGGCUAUAGUUUUGAAGCUCUGUAACCUAUUCCAGCUCUAAUACAGUCUGAUUUUAUAACCUGGCAAAGCCAGCGGUUGCUGGUCAUUUGUGUGAAGCAAAGAUACCUUUAUAAAAGAAAGUAGAGCCAGCAUCUACUUCUAAAAAUUGCCUGUUAUAAGGAAGUGUGUCUUUGCUCAGUGCACUUAGGGAAAGGGCUAACAGUGUUAUUUCUGAGAAGGAAGUAGGGUUGGUGCAGCUCAGUGCCACAGGAGCUCUUCACUCUGUAGGUUUCUGUGUUGGGGCAUUUUUUUUUUUUGGUACUGGAGAUCAAACUCGGGUCCUUGCGCUUGUGCAGCAGGUGGCGAAACCACUGAGCUAAAUCCCUGGCCCUGUUGGGGCAUGUUGUAGAGACCUAGACGUGGUUUCCUUAGUAAGUAUAAAAUCCAAAAUUACUGGAGAGGAAAGAUGUGUGACAGAGAGAAACUGGAGCACUAGGUGGGAUUUGAGGUCAGGAAAAGGAUUACAAAUCGCUUUGGUAUGCUGAGUUCUGGCUAUUGACACAGGCAGCCCCAUCUUGUGGUACUGUAUUUUGUGAAUGGUGAUCUGGGGCUUGUGCAGUAUUUUCAGAAGAUUUAUUUUCAGGAGACAGUUUCAGUAUUUUAUGAAGGCUAUCUCCCUCACCUGUGUCACUCCAAAAGGUGUGACCUAGAAUACAGAGCCCUCAAGUCAAGAAAACCCAAGGACUUUUCCCCAUCGCAGUACUGGGUGUGAACCCUGGACCUUUGAACUGAGCUACAUCCCUGGCCCUUUUCUAUUUUUUAUUUUGAGACAAGUCUCUCUAACUCACAAAGUUGCUGAAGCUGAGCUUGAAGUCAGGAUCCUCCUGCCUCAGCCUCCCAAAGUGCUGGGAUUUCAGGCAUGCAACUAUGCCUGGCUAAAAACCCAAGUGCUUUUGAGAACAAUUUUUGUAUGUGGGUUCUUUGGUAUGUUUGAAUUUAUACCAUAUGAGCAUAAGCCUUGAGUGACAAAAAUUUCAUUUCUUUAGAAAACGUGAAUUCAAUUCUAUCCCUGUAUGAAUAAUGCUGACCCAGUAAUAGGAUAAUCAUAUUUUUUUCUAUGUCUUAAUUUUAUUUCUGCUUUGUUGGAAGUUCAUUUGGUCCAUAAAUAUUUAUUUAGCCCCAUAUACAACUCCAGGUACAGGGCAUGUGAUGUGGCAAAGACCAGGAAAGGCCUUUGCUCUCCUGGGAGUUUAUAGUCCAGGUUAGGGGGUGCAGGGUGGGGAGACUGACAGUAAAGAGCUAAAAAAGGGAAACUCUAGGAAGUGAGCACCCCUGUGAUGCAAACUAAACAGGGUGAUGUGCUAGGGGCGAUCAGGGGACUGACUGCCUGCAGAGAGGUAGUUAGGAAAGACUUCGGUGAGGAAGUAAUUCAUAACCCAGGGCCUGCUGCACCAGAGAGAGCCAGAUGUGUGGUCAUCUGGGGGAAGAGUGUUUCAGGCCAAGGUUGCCUUGAACUUUACACCUGAGGAAGCUCUAGUUCAAGAGCUUGCUGCGUAGUUGGGUCUCUCCGAGGCUGAUGAAGGAGAGAGAAGGCGGCAGGGGCAGUGCAUGUCCAGUCCGAAGGUCAAGAUUCUUGUUUGUUAAAGGCCAGCUCUUCAGACCUCCAGGUGGCCAUGUGGUGAGCCCAAGGACAUCAUCCCAUAGGACGGCAGCCAUCAGAGAGCUCCACCUAUCUGUUUUGUACGUGUUCCCACGGGCUCCAGCCCAGCAGGAUGGUAUCACAGUCCAUGGGCUGGCAGGGUUCUCCUCUGGUCCCCUGGGAAGGGAUCAGCUGUGACUCUGGAGACACCAACAGUUCGCCCAGUUUCCAGGAUACAGGGCCCUCUCCUUGCCAAUUAGAUGUCAGGUUCACACGGCACAAAGCUGCCUGGAUUAUCCCCCCGUGUGUGCAGCAGCCGCUGCAGGACUUGGCCCCUCGGCUGUCAACAGGAAGCCACAGUGGGAAGAACUUUGUGGCCCAUGCUGCCUCUCCCUUGCGCCCUUCACUGUUGUCCCUCAGUGACCUGGCAGAGACAUCGUCAUCUGAGGAUACCACGGACUCUGAGGGCAGAAGCAGUGCCCACGGCUCAGGGGAAAGGAGUAGCAGCUUCUCUGUGGCCUCCACAGAGGUGCUGGAGAAGCUCCCAGGACAGCCUCAGCAGGCAUCUCUGUCCACAGGCUCCAACUUUUUGGCCACUUCCCCAUCUCCUGAGGUUGACAGUGCUGUGUUUGAGUCUUCUCACUUGACAGCUUCUGAAGAUGAAGCAGGUACCGUGCAAGACAGAAGAGCCAUUUCUUUGAGUUCUUUCUCACCUGACGUAUUCGUUCUGCCUGUGGACACAGAAAAGGAAAAUGCCCAUUUUUAUGUUGUGGAUAUAAUUAUAUCAGAAAUGGAGAAAAUGAAGUGUAGCAUCCUGAAUCAGCAGCAGACACAGAUCUGGGCCCCAGACGAAGCCAGCGGGUCACUUGGGAAUGACCAAGCUGACUCUGAAGCUGCCUUUUACACCCACAUGAAGCAAGAGUCUGGAUCUUCCGCUUCUUCAGACAGUGGCUAUGAAGGCAAGUUGGGCAAAGGUUGUGCUGUAUUACAGGCCAGCCCAAUGGCUGAAGCACCUUCUUACCAUAAUGUGCCAAAAGAGGCCAGCAAAUGUGACUUGGAUGAAUUUGUCAUUUUAGAACUUGGAGAGUUUAAUGAUAUCAUAGAAACCCAUAGAUGUUCCUGCAGCUCCUCUACAAGUGGUACUUAUGACCCAGACUUCAAUUCUGCUGAGCGAUUAGCCAGAGAGUUGUACCGAGUGUUCCAGAAGUGCUGGAUGUUUUCAGUAGUCAAUUAUCAGCUGGCAGGUUCCCCGAAGGCAGCCAGUUCAAUAGUUGUAAAUGAAGAGCAUGUCCAAAAAGACUUUGAGUCAGGUAUGGAUGUACAGGAAAUUAAACUGAAUUCUAGGACUGGAGGAACUGAAGACUGGGUGCCCCCUAGAUUUCAAAUCGUAUUUGAUAUUCAUCCACCACUCACGAGAGAGCUGGGGGUAGUAUCCCAGAAUUUUUUCUGUGCUGGCUGUGGAACUCCAAUAGAGCCUAAAUUUGUGAAGAGGCUCCGGUACUGCGAAUACCUGGGGAAGUAUUUCUGUGACGGCUGCCACUCCUAUUCGGAGUCCUGCAUCCCCGCACGCAUCCUGAUGCUGUGGGACUUCAGGAAGUACCAUGUCAGCAAUUUCUCCAAACAGCUGCUCAACCACAUAUGGCACCAGCCCAUUUUCAAUUUGCCGAGCAUCAGCCACAGCCUCUCCACAAAAGCCAAGGAACUGGACAGGGUAAAGGACAUCCAAGAGCAGCUCUUUCAUAUCAAGAAGCUGUUGAAGACUUGCAGGUUUGCUGACAGCGUAUUAAAGGAGUUUGAGCAGGUGCCCCAACACUUGACGGAUGAGCUCCACCUAUUCUCCCUGGAGGACCUCGUCAGGACCAAGAGAGGGCUGCUGGCGCCCUUGCUCAGGGACAUUCUGAAAGCUUCCCUGGCACACAUAGCCAGCUGUGAGCUGUGUCAAGGAAAGGGCUUCAUUUGUGAAUUUUGCCGCAGUACAACUGUCAUCUUCCCAUUUCAGACUGCAACAUGUAAAAGAUGUUCAGCAUGCCGGGCCUGCUUUCACAAACACUGCUUCCAGUCCUCGGGCUGCCCCCGGUGUGCGAGGAUCACAGCUCGGAGAAGACUUCUGGAAAGUUUGCCCUUGGCAGCCACGUGAUGUCCCAGCGUCUCAUGAAAAAGACUGUUCCAUGCAUCUUACAUGACACGAUUUGUGUCUUAGUAUUGGUCAUGUUGUUUUGGGCAUCAAGAGUCUCCUCAUUUUAUAUAUUUGAUGUUUUGGAAGAAUACAGUCUUUGUUAUUAAGUAGAGUCAUUACUAAUAGUGUUGUUUACAAAUGUUUGACAUUUUUGCUGCUACUGGUUUCUUUUUAAACAGUUUUGUUUCUGAUAUUUCUUAAAUUUUAUUAGAAUGGGUGUAUCUAGCUAAUUUCUGAGCCUCCUCCCUUUUUUAUAAAUUGUAACUGACAAGAUGAAUUACUCAGUUCUUCCUUUAAAACUCGUUUGUUAAAACUGGUAAUUUCAAUGAACAAAAAUGCAACCAAA